CCACCCUCUCAGUAGCAGCAGCUCCCUUCUGCUGAGCUCUCAUCAUGCCUGGGUUAGGUAGGAUGCUACCCUAGCUCUCUAUAGGACCAGGACCUAGACUUUGUCCAGGUUAGGUAAUAUGCUUCCCUAGCUCUAUAUAGGACCAGACCAGGACCAAGAUUAUGUCCAGGUUACGUAGGAUGUCAGACAGAACUCUAUAGCACCAGACCAGUCUCGGAUCAGGACUAAAACAUGUUCCAGCGCAGAGGCCCCAGCCCAAGCAGAACAGGAUUAAUACUGGGUUGGUGCAUCUUGCUGCUUUUCUCCAGCCCUUUCUGCUGCGUUGCACAUUUCAGCCAAGCCAAAGAGCUCUUCUACUCCAUAAGGGAGGGAGUUCCAAUGGGGGCCUUCAUUGGGGCUAUCGGACAAGACUUGAAGUUGGAUUUUACUGUAGAUCCUCCCUUUCAGUUCAAUCUGCCUCAGCAGAAGCACAGUGGACAAUACGUGAGACUCGACAACACCACCGGGGAUCUGUACACCUCCGCCACUGAGCUCGACCGAGAGACCCUGUGCCCGGACGGGCCCACGCCCCAGGGAUGCGUCCUGUCUCUGGACGUGUUUGUGCUGCCCCAGCAGUACUUCCAGCUGGUCAAAGUCAAGAUAUCUGUUGAAGACGUGAACGACAACAGGCCCCGGUUCCCUGUGGAAGAGAUAUGUGUGUCCAUCCCGGAGAACACACCGGUCAACGCCCGCUUUGCGGUGGAGCAGUCGGCCGUGGACCCUGACUUGCACUUCAACAGCGUCCAGACCUACUGGCUGGUGAAUGACUUUGGUGUGUUCACCCUGGAUGUGGAGGAGAACGAGGGAGGGGAGCUCACCCCUUUCCUCAUCGUCACGGAGGCGCUGGACCGCGAGAUGCAGGCUGAGUACAUAACGGAUAUCAUUGCUGAGGAUGGGGGUACCCCUCCCCUCCUGGGGACAGCCACCCUGAAGAUAAUCAUUACUGACGUCAACGACAACUGCCCGCGGUUUACAAAGUUGUUAAUAAAUGUCACGCUCCAAGGGAAUACCUCCAAAGGGGCGCAUUUGGCUCGCUUGCAUGCGUUUGACCCCGAUCUGGGUGCUAAUGCCCAAAUCAGCUACGUUUACAGCGAGCGAGUGCCAAGAGAGACCCAGCGCUUGUUUCAUUUGGACCAAAUGUCGGGCUUGAUCAAGCUAGCUGGGAAAUUCAACUCGGAAACAAGCAAGUUCUACAAACUCACCGUGCUGGCCAAAGGGCCCGGCUGCAUACCCGCCGUUGCUACCGUGAAUAUACACAUUCACAAAGUAAUAACGGCCCCACCAGCUGUGGUACCACGGUACAUUGCUGCCGAAAGGAACGGAGUCGUCACCAUGAAGGAAUCUGAGGCAGCAUUCUCCCCGAUCGCAUUCUUCACCGUAAAGAACACAGACACUAGCCAAAAGUUGGACUGCCAUCUAGAAGGGUUUGGCCCGUUCAGGCUAACGCCAUACCAGCAGUUGCAGAACGAAUACCUCCUUGAGACCACGAAAGACUUAGACUACGAAGAGACGCAGGAGUAUGAGCUCACCGUGGUGACUAAGGGCACUAGCGGGGGGGCAGUCAUAAAGACCUUCCUCAAGGUACACGUGCUGGACGAGAACGACAACGCUCCCGUAUUCAAACAGUCUUUUGUGGAAAUAUCGGUGGAGGAGAACAACCCUCCAAACACAUUUCUGUUCCAGCUCCAAGCCACGGACCUGGACAGUGGCGCCCACGGGGAGGUCGUCUACCUUCUUGGGGGUGACGCCCCGGGUUUUUUCUCCGUGGACCGCGACACCGGUGUGCUGUCAGUGACCACAGCCCUCGACCGUGAGGAGAGGGAGACGUACCGCUUCAUGGUGAGAGCGGUGGACCAGGGAACUCCCAGGAAGGAGUCCAUCGCCACCGUGCUGAUCCGAGUUGAGGACCGCAACGACAAUACGCCACGUUUCAUCAACAAGGACUUCACCUUCUUCGUGCCCGAAAACUUUCCGGGAUUCGGCGAGAUCGGAGUCCUGUCUGUGACAGACGCAGAUGCCGGCGAAAAUGGCUGGGUGGCGCUGUCCAUCCUCAAUGGCAGCGACGUGUUUGUGAUUGACACCGGCCGCGGUGCACUCCGAGCCAGGACGCCGCUGGACCGCGAGCAGCAGGGGACGUACGAGCUGUGGGUGGAGGCGGUCGACGGCGGCAAACCGGCUCUGUCCUGCGCCACCAUGGUCACCGUGCUCCUUCUGGAUGUUAACGACAACCCGCCAGUUGUUCUGUUCCCCCAGUCUAACCAAUCGUAUAUGCUGGUGCUCCCCGACACGCUGCCGGGGACGCCCGUCACUGAGGUGUACGCCGUGGACAGGGACACGGGGAUGAACGCCGUCAUCGCCUACAGCAUCAUCAAGAGGAAAGGGGCUGAGCCAGGGUCGUUCGUCAUUGACCCAGAGACGGGGAACAUCACACUUCAACGGGAGCUGAGCAACCGCGGCCUUUACAGCCUACUGGUUCGGGUAAGUGACCACGGACAGCCUGAGCCGCUGCACGCCACCAUCAUGGUCAACCUGUUCGUCAACGAGACGGUCAGCAACGAGAGCUACAUUCAGAGUCUACUUACCAACGAGGCGGAGGUUGUGGAGGUGGAGGAGAGGCCUUGGUAUGUUGGGCAGCUGACGGACAGGCCACGGCCAUUCGAGCUGUUCCCAUGCCAACCGGUCCUCAUUGCGUUGUCGGUGACCUGUCUGGGGCUACUGUUGGUUGUGAUCGCGCUUGCUUCCUACAUCUGCUGCCGUAGGAUCAGGGAACAUGGUGGGGAUGGACAGGAAGAGGUUGAGACCCCUUUAAAUAUGAAUGGAGGCUCAGUGCAGCUCGGGGACCGAAAGAUCAGACAGAUGGCCAACAUCUGAUACCUUGCUCUGCUCCUCCCUACACCACUGGUGUUUACAUGAAUGUUUACAAGACUCACUGCGACAGGUGUAGCCCUGGAUUGAGAUUCUGAUCAUAGUGUUGUACUUCGAUACAUUGUGAUUAGAUGUAAACGUGUCGAUAGUUAAACAGAUUGUGUGUCUUUGACCACCGUCAUAAAGCAUUUUGUUGCUGCCUUUUCAGAAACUAUGAUUGCGUUUCUAAAGACGAUGUUUAAUGUGUCACUGGUUAACUGUUUUUGGUUUAAUAACAACAAAAUAACAAGGGAUAAAAUAAGAAUUUCUAUAAUGUGUAUAGGGAAAUGUAUAUUUUAUAUUUUUAUAUAAAGCUUAAAACAAUGAAAAAAUAAUGUGUACCAAUGUGACGCCACAUUCCCUAUUUUAAUUAUUCUGAUCCAAAUCUAAAGGUCUCAUGUUUGGUUCACUGUUUGGUUGGAGAUAGAAACAUAUCUAGAUGUUUAAAUGAUGUAACAUAGUUUGUUCCUGUGGUAUUUUGGAGGAGCAUACCUACUCUGACCUCCAUGAAUCAUCUAACAUAAGGCUGUGGAUAUAUACAGACAAUCGGACCCAAUCGUGUUUAAAAAGAGACACCACUAAUAUCCCCCAUGCCAAUUGGUCUACAACCAUUGUGUACUUUGUUUAUUUUAACAACGAUACCACACAACAAUGUAUCAAUCCUCAACUCUCCCACACACCUUGUCAUUUGUGAAAAGAAAAUCUACUUGUUUGUGUGAGAGAACAUUUCUUGUAAGUAUUAAAAGUGCUUUAUUUUUUAAAUCACUUAGGGUUUUCAUUCAUUUCAUGUACUUCCCAGUUUUUACUUAAAAAACCUUUUGCUUACAGCUGUAAAAAACAGCUCUUAACCACAGCCCCACAGCAAUACAAAUAUACUAAAUCGUGGCUUUGAGUGCACCAUCAAAGUUUGUAGAGGAAUGCUGAAAGCCUCCUCCACAAUCCAGUCACUCCCAAACUAUGGUUUGGUCCACCUUCUGAGUUAGAGUUACCCUAGGUUUCUAUGCAACAUAACAGCAAACCUGAACAACAGGCCAUUCUAAAAACACUAGAGAUUUAAUGCAACACUGAACUCUUUGUGACUUAUCAUAGUUCCACCUACAAAAGAAACACAGGUAAUGCCCAUGAAUGUACCUUUGCAGGUCUGUGUUACAUUAUAUAUACCGGUAAUUAUUUCAUGCUAUUUACUAUUUAGUCCCGUAGCAGAAAUGUUCAAGAAAACCAUAAAGGUGAAAUCAGAUCCAUGUCGUGUCGAGAGAAGGGGUAAGGUAAGUCUAGCUCUGGGAUGCCUGCAGGUUAAGCUGGGGACAUUUGGGGAUCGAACCUGGAAGGAUGGCUGGUAGUCAAACACACUUCGGAAUCCUGCCAUGCAAUUAUAAUGAGCAGUAGAAUAGGUUAGGAGGAAGUGGACAUAAUAUUCAGAACUUACAUUUUAUUCAGAAUUGUGUUUGAGUUUAGUGUAUAUGUUCCAUAACGACUAUGCGACUAUGCAAAUCUAUGCAAAGGGACCACCAUGCAAAAGUUACAAGAUCCCUACAAAUGGUGUCGUUAUCUCUGUACUCGCUCUGCUCCCUGGGUAGAAGUGUACAGUCUCCAAAGAGCUGCUAUUAGAGGAAAGGACAGAGAAGAGAGGGCAAGAACGUCUUGUUCCCUGGUAAAUGGAGAAUGGACUGCUUUUACCAGACUUAUCUGUAUGUGCCAGCUAUUUCAGAAUCAGAGGCAUUUAAAGAGCUUUGAAAUGAAUUCCCAGGGAUUCACCCAUUCAUAAGCUGUUUCACCCAAGCGAGGCAGAACCUGCCUAUCUGGAUGUUUCCAGACUUUAUUUGGCAUAACUCAUGUUGCAUCACUAUUGCUGACGCUAAAGUGAUCAAACAUUUACCCUAAUCGUUUACUCAUUUAAGGUACUUCUUUCCGUACAUAGGCUAGCAAGGAAGACAAAACUGUUUUGUGUGGUUGUCUGACAAUGCAGGCAGUACAUCACCACGGCUUAGCUGAUAAAUAGUUUGAAUUGAUUAAAUAAUGAGAGGAGGUCCCGUUGGGGUAUCUAACUGGCUUGCAUUGCUCAAACGCAAUUGCGGCAUAAAUUACAGACCAGAAGGAUAGAGUAGUGUUAGCAUCAUGAGAUGGACGGGCGAAAGACAAUAGGAGCUGCUGGCCAUCUCUCUCCAUAUCCCUCUUUUGUGUCGUCUCCCGCCCACUGUUUCUCUCCCUAUUUUUCUCUCUCUCUUGCUCUCUCGAUCCCCUUCCUUCUUCCUCUCUCUCUCCCUC